GCGCCGGUGAUCAUUUUCGCUGAAAGCGCUGUUAUAUACCAUUACAUCUUCCAGCCAAAUCCGUCCUGUUUCUUCUCUUUCCCUAACUUCUCAACCUCACAGGAGCAGUCACCAGCAAAAGGGCAAACCCAGGCGUCAGGCUGCUAAUCAUGAUGAUAUUCAUCAUCGCCCCCUUCCGCGUCCUCGCGGCGGCCCUGACACUCUGCCUGCUCCUCCCGCCCGCGGUCGUUGUCCUCGCAACACCAACGUCCUCCACGCUCCAGGCCUGCUCCGAGAUCGCGGCCCUGCUACCCCCCAAACAGGUCUACCACCCGCAGCAGGACCUCAUCCAGUACAACCAGGAGCGGCAGUCGUACUGGUCGACGGCCCUGCGCAGCGUCAGGCCCGCGUGCAUCGUCGUCCCGCAGUCCGCGGAGCACGUGUCGGCCGCGGUGCGGGUGCUCGGCCGGUUUCCCGGUGUCGACUUCGCGGUGCGCAGCGGCGGGCACGACCCGAAUGUCGGGCACGCCACCGUCGACGACGGCGUGCUGAUCGCCAUGACGGACAUGGCUGGGGCGAGGUAUGAUGCUGCGUCCGGGCUGGCGUAUGUGAAGCCUGGCGGGGAGUGGAAUGAUGUGAUUGGGGACUUGGCGCCCAGUGGUGUUACCGUCGUCGGGGGGAGACUUGGUCUCGUUGGAGUUGGCGGUUAUCUUCUGCAAGGAGGGAUCUCCUUUCUUAGUGCCCAGUAUGGCCUGGCUGCCGAUAGUAUUGUAGGUUGGGAGACAGUAGUGGCCAACGGGUCAAUCAUCAACAUCGACGCGGCCCAGCACCCUGACAUUGCAGUCGCCAUGCGCGGUAGUGGCAGCCAAUUUGGCAUUGUCACCGAGUUCAAGGUCAGACCGCACCCAAUCGGCAAAGUCUGGGGCGGCGUGCGCGUCUAUAGCGCGGCAAUGGACGACGACCUCUACGCGGCCCUGCACGGCUUCGUCUCUGCUGGGGCAGCAGACCCGAAGGCCGCCGUGAUCCACUCUACCAUCAUUGCCCCAGCAGGUGUCGAGGUGCACUUCAUCUUCUACUUUUACGACGGGCCCGAGCCGCCCUCCGAGGGCCCAUUUGCCGAGUAUCUCAAGAUCCCUGCGCUUUUGGACGCGACUUGGACGAGGACGUACGCAGAUUUGCUCAAAAGCAAUGGCGAGUCAGCCAGGCUCCUCAACGCACGAGUCUCGUUCCGCACCUACACGAUUCCCUUCAUCCCUUCUAACCCCUCCAUCUACACUGCUAUCCGUGACAAGUACACCGAACUCGCGAGCCCGCUCCGCGCAUCCGCCCAGUUCAGCGUCGACUUCCAGCCGCUCCCGUCCAUCGUGGGCGCCAGCUCCGACGCCGCGGGCGGCAACGCCAUGGGCCUGCGGGGCAGCGACCCGGACAGGCUGAUUCUCGAGUUCCAAGGUAGCUGGACGACCAGCCUGGACGACGCCAAGGGGUACGCGGUGUCGCGGGCGAUGACGGAGUGGUUGGACGAGAUGGUUCCCGUGUGGCUUGCCGAGGAGAGGUAUCUGCCGCUGUUUAUGAACGAUGCCGCCGGGGACCAGAACGUGACGGGGAGUUAUCGCGACUAUGCGCGGUUCAGUGAGCUGCAGAGGGGGAUGGAUCCUCGGGGGAUGUUUGCUAGGCGGUUGGGCGGGUUCAAGUAUUGAUGAGGAAGUGGGGGAAUAUGAAACCAAAAGAAAUGGCCCUGUUGAUGUCCAAUUUUUGAAGCUCCUUCUGGUCCUCUAUGGCGGAUG